AUGUCCGAGCCGUAUCGUGAUCCAUGGCUCGACUACAAAGCGAUUCUCGAUUCAAUGAAGAAAAAAUUCCUGAAAAAACCAAACUAUUCACAAGCUUUAGCUGAUUUCAAUAAGUUGGCGCUUCGAUUUAAAGAUGAGGACUGCGAUCAAUACGCUGCGAUGUGUUACUAUCAAAUGGCAAAAAUCUAUGAGGAAACUGACGAUUGGUUAAUGCAAUAUCGGCAUCUGCUGAAAGCAGCUCGCUUGUUCAAACAAGAUGAAGAGAAGUCACACAAUAAGACACUCGGUAAUCUGAAUCAUAUGCAAGAUUGUUACAAUCACGCAGUGCAACUCAUUUACGAUCACGGUUCACAGUGGGAGGCUGGUCUUCAUACCACUGAACUGGCGAAUGCUUUGCGCACUUUUGACAGACCUGAUCUCGCUUUGCAAUAUCAUGUACGAGGUAGGUCUCAACUUUGA